GAAGCGCCUGACUGUGAUGUCAUUUGCCGGUGCCUCUAUAAUGAAGUGACCUUCCUCUGCGACCGAACAGAAGCGCUCUACAGCAGCAAGCAAAUCCAUCCUAUAGUUAUAUCGAAGUCGUCCUUUAUAACUCUAAGGUUACCAUGGGUGACGUGGAUAAAGGCAAGAAGGUUUUCGUUCAAAAGUGCGCUCAGUGCCACACAGUCGAAAACGGCGGCAAGCACAAAGUAGGACCCAACUUGUGGGGGCUUUUUGGCCGCAAAACCGGACAGGGAGAGGGCUACUCUUACACAGAUGCCAACAAGGGAAAAGGCAUUACUUGGGGAGAUGCCACUCUGAUGGAGUACUUAGAGAACCCCAAGAAAUACAUUCCUGGGACAAAGAUGAUCUUUGCUGGAAUCAAGAAGAAGGGCGAGCGUCAAGACCUAGUUGCAUAUUUGAAAUCUGCGACAUCAUAAAGCUGUAUUUGAACUGAAAAAAAUAAUGUUUUAUUUAAAGUUUGUGUUUCAAAUAUUUUUUUCUAUGUUAACUCACAACAACCUCAACAAGAUGAGAACAGAAUCUUAAUAACAGACAUUCUGGAUGUUAUUCAUGGUGCAAUUCAUACUACGCUUUAUUUAAUGCAAGAAAAAAGUCUCAUCACUGUCUGUAAGUGUUGACUUUAAUAUCAAGGUCAGCAAUGUUCAUGGAAGUUAGAUGUCAUCGAUCUUUGGAUUCCCUCCCUCAAGAAGGAAUGGCAGUGUGUAUCCCCUGGUUUCACAGGAAUCUAUGAAAAGAUAAAUUAUUUAAUAUAUUGAAAAUAUAUAGUUUUAUGGUAGAAAUAUUGUAUUGGAUGGAAGAAUAAAAAGGGAGGGGGUGGGGAUGCUGGAGGCUGCAAUAAAGGUGUGUGACCUGAAAGAAUUGAACUCAUUAAAAAGGCACAUUUUCAGUC